AUGGUUGCUAUCUCAGAACCUAUGGUGCACAAGAAUAAAGUUGAAGGAUGUAAAAGAUUUUUGGGUUUCAACAACUGCAUUACCAACUCUAAUAGACAGAUUUGGUGUUUUUCGAGGGAUAGUUUCAUUGUCUCUAUCACUAAGAACCAAGAUCAGUUGAUUACCUUGAAAAUUCAGAAAAAUAAUAAUAGUCAAGAUCUCUAUGUGACUGUUGUUUAUGCAAAGUGUACUGCUGUAGCAAGGGUUGAUCUUUGGUGUAGCUUGGAAGAUUUGAACAACAAAAUUAACAUUCCUUGGUGUAUUGUGGGUGAUUUCAAUGUCAUCCUUCACCCCGAAGAGAAGAUUGGGGGCAGGCCACAUAGAAAUGCUAACAGUUUUGACUUUACAGAGUGUAUGGACUCAUGUGGCAUGUCUGAUAUUGGUUAUACAGGUUCGAACUAUACUUGGUGUAAUAAUAGAAGACCAAGGUUAGAUCACAGACCUAUGCUUUUCAGGUGUGGCAAUGGGAGUACUAAUGGUAAGAAAUAUUUUAAGUUUUUAGAUUUCUUGACUGAUCAGGAGGAUUUUAAAGAUAUUAUAGCUGCUGAAUGGAUUAUUAAUGUAAAUGGUAAUCCUUUGUGGAGGCUUCAACAGAAGCUGAAAAAUCUUGGUAGAAAACUUUCUCAAUGGUCCAGAGAUGAAAUUGGUAAUGUUCAUGAGAACACUGAUGAAAGGGAAGAUAAGAUGCAAUUCUUAGAGGAGAUUAACCUUAACAGUAGAUCAAAGGGAGAUAGUAAUACCAAGUAUUUCCACUAUGUGAUUAGAGAAAGAAGAAGAAAGCUGCAAUUACAUAGGAUUAAAAACAAGAAAGGGAAGUGGAUUACUGGAGAUAAUAAGAUUGCUAGAUGUGCUUUGAAACAUUUUGAAAAGCUGUUCAACCUGAAGAACCCUAACAUAGAUCCCAGUAUUAUGGAGUGUAUCCCUACUUGCAUUUCUGAUGAAAUAACAACUUUAUGA